AUGCCUUCCGCCCAACAGUCGCGGCCGGUAUCGCCGUCGCCGUCGCAGCUACCGCCGGUGCCUUCAUCGCCAGUAUACUCGAUCGCUUCAACAGCCAACCCAAUGUCCCAGUUCAACUUGCCGCUACCACCACCGCCGCGGCCGGCCCACGCAGUCCUGACCAAGGCGGACCUGGACCGCUCACAGGAGGCUUACGCGUCCCUCGUCGCCUCGGCCAAGGCGUACCGGCAAGCGCUCGCGACGCUGUCGACGGCGGCCUCGGCGUUUGGCACCGCGCUCGAGUCUUGCGCGCGCCUCAAGGAAGCCCGUGCUGAGCCCAUCGGCGCCGGCGCCGGCGCGGCGGCCGGCGGCGCCAGCAUGACGGCCAGCUACACCGCCAACAAGGGCGCGUGCACCGCCGACACGCUCAUGGCCGCGUCCGGCUUGCACCACCUCAUCGCCAACCACCAGCAGAUCCUCUCCGAGACCGUCUACCGCUCGUUUGAGGUGCCGCUGCUGCACGACCUCGACAAGUGGCAGUCGGUCAUUGACGACGAGGACGAGACGUACCAGCAGCAGAUCAAGGCGCAGGCCCGCGAGGUCCGGCGCCUGGAAAAGGAUGGGCUGAAGCUGCACCGGCAGAAGCGGCGCGACGUCGCGCGCUUCCGCGCCCACCUCGUCGAGCUGACGAGCAAGCUCGACGGCAUGUCGACGCUGCACGCCGACCACGCGCGCACAUUGCUGCGCGAGAGUCAGGACACGAGCGCCCGCAUCGUCGACGCCAGCUGCAGCCUGGUCCGCGCCGAGGUGGACAUUUUCGAGAGCCUGGCCAAAAAGGGCUGGACGGGCGGCGGCCUCGAGGACCUGCUGGAAAAGGGCCAGGACCUGUUUGCGACGGACACGGACACGGGCAACCACCACCACCACAACAACUACCACGCGGGCGUCGGCGGCGGCGUGCUCGGCGGAGGGACCGGCGACGGCGGCGUCAAGCUGUUUUCCAUACUGCCGCCAAAGAGCAUCCUGCCAGACACCGCCUCGGACUCGUCGCGCCCGGGGGGGCACGCUAGGAGCGACAGCCUGCUCAGCGAUCCAGAGCGGUACCAGUCCCUGACGGCGCUGGCUACAUCCGACGGCCGAGCCGCCGACGCAGAGGCCCCCGCGGCGCCGACCGACUUUAACAAGCCGCGCAACGCGCGACCAUUUUCGCCGCAGCCCAUUCGCCGCGUCCCCAUGGAGAUUACAGAGGACUCCCUCGGUGCCUUUGGCAACGGCACGUCGAAUCAAGUGCAGCAGCAGAAGCGGGAGGCUGGCGAGGGCUGUCCUCAUGAAGAUGGCGAGUCUGCCGACGCGACCGAGGACGAGAGAAAAGAAGAAGAGGAGAACGAGGGUGACGACCGCGGGAGGCAAUCGCGGUCAGCAACGCCAGAACCAAAGGACGACACAGAGAUACUGUCGUAUGACGGCUCUCCAGGAGGAGGAUGGGGCUCCUGA